AAAUAAUCAGUCAUUCAUCUACAUUAAAACUACAAACAGCUGUCGAUUUACUAACAAAAUAUUUACGCCUUGAUGAUAUUGUAAAAUUUUAAUUGAUUUACCUUAAUCAUAAUGAUUGAGUUAAAAGCGUUAUUGGAUUUGCCGCUAAUCUAUUCUUUUAUCAUUUUAAUAUUUGGAUACUACAUUUAUUAUUUAAUACGCAUUGUGAAGACACCAAUAUUAGUUUGUGGGGAUGAUCAAUUCCGUAAAUUAAUUGUAAAUAACAUGGAAAUAGUAAAAGAAAAAUUCCUCCCGACACCUUGGUGUCUUGAAUCACGUGCUCAAACUAUUAUGGCAAGUAUCAUACGAGGCAAAAUGAUUCCCGAAAUUAAUUACCGAAGAGAAAUUUUAAAAUUACAAGAUGGGGGUGAAGUAGCUUUAGAUUGGGUAGAUGAUAAUUGUCAUAAAUUAGCACCAAUUGUUAUUAUUUUACCAGGAUUAACUGGUACUAGUCAAGCAGAAUAUAUAAGAUGUCUCGUCAUAGGCGGACGUAAAAUAGGAAUUAAAUGUGUAAUUUUUAAUAAUCGUGGACUUAGUGGCGUAUCGCUAAAGACUCCUAGAGCUUACUGUGCAGCUAAUUGUGAAGAUUUUACUGAAGUUUUAGCUCAUGUACGUAAAUUAAAUCCUAAUGUUCAAAUCGGAGCGUGUGGAAUUUCUAUGGGAGGAUUAAUAUUAGGAAAUUAUUUAGCACAAGAACGUGAAAAAGCUAUUGAUAAAUUACAAGCAACAUUUGUUCUAUCAGUACCGUGGAAUAUAAUUGAAGGGACAAAAAGUAUCGAAGCUGGAUUUAAUCGAGUGUUAAAUCGAUUGUUGACUAAAGCGAUGACUCAAACUUUUAGAAAUAUGCACGAUCAAGUACACGAGUUUUUCAAAGAGGAUUUAAAAGAAGCUUUUAAGAGUAAAACAGUAAGAGAAUUCGACUCAGCUUUUACUGCAAGACAUUUUGGAUAUAAAAAUGUCGAAGAGUAUUAUAAUAGUGCUACACUACACGACAAAUUACAAUUUAUCAGAGUACCUUUAUUUUGUUUGAAUGCCGCCGAUGAUCCAUUUCAACCUUUUGAAGUAAUACCAUUAAAAGAGGUAGAGAAAUGUAAAAAUAUCGCUUUUUUAAUAACAUCUCAUGGUGGUCAUAUUGGAUUUCUUCAAGGAAUGUGGCCCACUAAAGAAGAACAGUAUAUAACUAAAUUAUUCAAACAAUACUUUUAUAUGAUGUUUUUUAAAAAGGAACCAUAAAUA